AUGCAACACACAACUUAUAAGGCCAAGGUAAGACAUACACCUACACUCCAUCCAUACACCACUCAACUUACAAGAAACUCCAUCCAUGCAACACUCAACUUAGAAGGCCAAGGUAAGACAUACACCUACACUCCAUCCAUGCAACACUCAACUUACAAGACACUCCAUCCAUGCAACACUCAACUUACAAGGCCAAGUUCUUUUGGUCCUGGCACGGAGUGGGUUUCUGGAGUGGACUAUCAGAUGUCUGAUGAUGCUGAGCGUAAAUCCGCUUUCGUAGAUGCAAUUAAAAGGUACUGGCCCGAUGUGGACGCUGAGAAUGUGAGUCCGUCCUACAGUGGCAUCCGCCCUAAAAUCGUGGGGCAAAACGAACCAGCCGCCGACUUCAUGAUACAAGGUCCCCGUGAGACGGGGUGUGGCAUGGUUCAUCUGCUGGGCAUUGAGUCGCCUGGGCUCACCUCUAGCCUGGCCAUAGCAGAGUACGUUGUGAGUAGUUUAGAUCAGCCACCAGCUUAGUCAUACGACACAGAUACUAUAAAUAAACGGUAGAUAUAGUGCAGGAUGCUAUAAGCUUUGCAGAGUACGUUGUGAGUGGUAUAGAUCAGCCACCAGCUUAGUCAU